CCUGAAGGGACAGAGGCUUUUCUUCCAGCAGCAUCUCUUUAACAACCCCGCUCUGCUGCUCACGAGGACGUCCUCCUAGAGAUGGACGCAGACCUGCACGGCCUGACUGAAAUGUGAAUGUAACGGGACAGAAGCAAUGGGUAGCUCCAUCCUCCUGUUGGCCAGCGUGGUGUCCACUCUGGGCGGCCUGGUCUUUGGUUACGAGUUGGGCAUCAUCUCAGGCGCUCUGCUGCAGCUCAAAGCUGAGUUCGGACUCUCGUGUGUCCAGCAGGAGGCUCUGGUCAGCUCUCUGCUGAUAGGAGCUCUGCUCGCCUCCAUUGUAGGCGGCAGCUUGAUCGACCAUCGGGGCCGCAGGAACUCCAUCCUCCUCGGCAACAUCUUGAUCCUGGCCGGCAGCCUGGUCCUGCUCAUCGGCUCCUACUGGGCACUGGUGGUGGGCAGGGUGAUGGUGGGCUUCGCCAUGUGUAUAUCCUCCAUGUCAUGCUGCAUCUUUGUGUCCGAGAUGGUUACCUCGGAUCGCAGGGGCUUCCUGGUAACACUGUAUGAAGCGGGGAUCACCGUGGGCAUCCUGGCAGCCUACGCCAUGAACUACAUCCUGUCCGACUCUAAUAGAGGGUGGAAGUGGAUGUUCGGAUUAGCCAUAGUACCGACUAUGAUUCAGUUGGUCUCCAUCUGGUUCCUCCCAUCCAACACGAAGGAAUCUUCAAGCCCAAGAUAUUGUUUUCAAACUGAAACAGACCUGAUGAAUACUGUCGAAGCAGUUGAAUCAAAAGUCAGGUCUGGCAUUGGAAGUAAGAAUGUUCAGUACAACAGUAUGUAUCUUUUCCAGCGCAAAGACAACAUGAGGACUCGGACCGUCAUCGGCCUAGGACUGGUGCUCUUUCAGCAGUUCACGGGCCAGCCGAAUGUCCUCCUGUACGCCUCCACCAUCUUCCAUUCAGUGGGCUUUCAGAGCAAUGCCUCAGCGGUGCUGGCGUCCGUGGGCUUGGGCUUUGUCAAAGUGGUCGUUACUCUGACCUCCAUGGUGUUUUCGGAUCGGGUGGGGCGGAGGCCCCUGCUCAUCGGUGGCUGCUCCGUUAUGGCGCUGUCUCUGAUAACUAUUGGACUCCUCAGUGGACGUUCAUCGAUGAAUGCCAAGAGGCCUUGUGAUUCUGAGGACUUCAACGUUACAAGAACCGAUCAUCUAACUGUUGGGAAUCAGUCCGUUUAUGGCGCACCUUUACAUGAGGGCCAAAGACUCCUCAAUAACAACACACAAGAUGGAGUUGUAGUACUCGGUGAAGUUGGACAGAAACAACCGGACGAUCCCCUGGCACCUCUUCCGGGCGCCCAUGGCACAGUUGUGAACUGGAUCAUUCUCGUGUGUAUGAUGGCUGUUGUCAGUGCAUACUCCGUUGGAUUUGGACCAAUGACCUGGCUUCUCCUGAGUGAAAUAUUUCCAGCUGCUAUUAGAGGAAGGGCAUUCGCAUUCACCAACUGCUUCAACUGGGCUGCCAACCUUUUGGUCACAUUCACUUUCUUAGAUUUUAUCGAUGCGAUUGGUCUGUCGGGGAUGUUCCUCUUGUAUGGGAUGACCGCUGUGGCUGCUGGAGUUUUCUUCUACUUCAUGCUACCAGAGACCAAAGGGAAGACUCUGGAGGAGAUAGACAAGGAGCUAUGUUUAAACAAGUUUUACCAAGGCGAGGAGUGCUGCAGCAUGAACAGCUGGAGAAACCCUUCCCCACAGUACCAGAGGGUGCACUGUCAAGUCAGCGCCUGAGGGUGAUUCGUUAUAUAUUACCAUACUGACACCAUGUAAGUUUAGACCGAUGCUAGGCUUUCCUCUGUUGCAUCUAAUAUUGGAAUAUAUAUGUGUGGCAUCUUAGUGAAACCUGCUAAGAAAGUGCAUUUUUGUGUGACAUGACUUUUAUAAAUGGCCUUUUUGGUGUGUUCAUUUGCAUUUUAAAAGUUAUUUUUAUUUUAUUUUUUUAUUUCAUAGCCAAAAAUUAUAAAGCUGCUGUGCAUCUUUUUUAUUUUUUACUUUUUAUUUAUUUAUUUUUCAGUUUCUAUUCCACUGAACAAAAUCCACAGUAAAACACUA